CUUGAAUCCAUUAUCCAUAAAUACUUGAAUCGAUACGCACCGAAGGCAACGCGGGAUACGUAAAAUAGUUUGCCGACAAAAGAAACAAACUCGACGCUGUAUUACUGGCGAUACACACUCGCUCGCCUCUCUGCAUUUUGCUUUUUCUCACUUCCCUUCAUUUUGGACCGUCUGAUCUCCGAUCAGAACAAAGUUUCACACAAAUGAGAGUGUGCCUAUGAAGAAUGGGUCUGUAUAGGCACACUAGUGAAUUGUUACCUGAGAGACGAGGUGGCGGUGGCGAUGGCAGUGGCGGUGGCGGCGGCGGCGGUGGUGGUGUUUCUCGGCGAGGAAGAAGGUUUGGUGGUCGAAUUACUAAACAAAGGUUGUCGCGUUGGGUCUUCGCGCUUGCAUUGAUCUUCAUAGUUUAUUUGGUAGUUUCCUGUGUAAGGAUGUUCUUUUUUGGUAAUGUGGAAGAUAAAAGGGUUUUGAUAUCGCAAGGAGUGGAAGAAGAUGGAGUUUUGGGGUCUAAUUCUGAAAGACCACCACCAAAAAGCAACCGUCGUAAAAAGUUUUUUCCUUGCGAAGUUGCAUUUGCCGAAUCAGUUGAUGAUCUUGUUGAACCCAAGGAUCUUAUGAACUUCACACAGUUUUUACUAGAGUAUGUUGACAGAGAGGAAAUAUAUCAAAACCAUUCUUUGGAACCCAGAUUUGGAGGUCUUCAAACUCUUGCAGAAAGAGAGAAAUCCUUCUAUGCAAGAAAUCAGACACUUCAUUGUGGUUUUGUCAAAGGACCACCUGGUUACCCAAGCACUGGAUUUGAUAUAGAUGAGAUGGACAAGGCAUACAUGUAUACCUGUAAGGUCGUAGUAUCUUCUUGCAUUUUUGGUAGCUCCGACUUUUUGAGGAGGCCCACACGCAAUCUGAUCAGUGAAUAUUCUCAAAAAAAUGUUUGUUUUGUUAUGUUUGUGGAUGAGCAAACGUUCAAAAAACUAUCAUCAGAAGGAAAUACUCCUGAUGAUAGAGGAUUUGUUGGUCUAUGGAGAAUUGUUAUUGUGAGGAACUUACCAUAUGAGGACAUGCGAAAAACUGGAAAGGUGCCAAAGUUUUUAUCACAUCGCCUCUUCCCUUCUUCUAGGUACUCAAUUUGGCUUGACAGCAAGAUGCGACUUCUGAUUGAUCCAAUGCUGAUAAUUGAUCACUUUUUGUGGCGAACAAAAUCAGAAUAUGCCAUUUCAAACCAUUAUGAUCGCCACUGUGUCUGGGAGGAGGUACUCCAAAAUAAGCGUCUAAAUAAGUACAAUCACACGGCCAUUGAUGAACAGUUUACAUUUUACCAAUCUGAUGGACUCACCAAGUUUGACCCUUCAGACCCAAAUAUUCCUCUUCCAAGUUAUGUUCCUGAAGGUUCCUUUAUAGUACGGGCACAUACACCAAUGUCAAAUUUAUUUUCUUGUCUUUGGUUCAACGAAGUUGACCGAUUUACUUCACGUGAUCAACUAAGCUUUGCAUAUACUUACUUGAAGCUGAGGAGAAUGAAUUUAGAAAGACCAUUUUACUUAAAUAUGUUUAAGGAUUGCGAGCGCAGAUCACUAGCAAAGUUAUUUCGACAUAGGGCUACACCAUCUCCUCCACCUCCUUGAUCAAUUGAAAAUUUGAAAUUCUUUGAGGUUAUGCCUGGGAUGUAUACUGAAUGUAUAUUGGGCUGUACCGUGAGUGGCUUUUUCCUUUUCCCUCUUCCCAGAAUCAACUUUGGCGCAGGGUGGACCAUAACCAAGCCAUAUUCUCUAGCUUCUUUCCUUGCUGCCAAUGAGUGUUUCAACUUUCAAGACUAUCCUAUUGUAUAAGAAUGUGAUGGGAUUCAAUUUUGGCCUUACAAAAUAGUAAUAUAACUAGUCAGGAGUUGUGGUUUGGGAGGAUAAAUAUAAUUGUGUUUGAUUCCCAUGAGAUUCUUUAAGAGGGCAGGGCAGACUGUAUUAGGUUUUAAUUUGCUCUGAAUUAUCAUAAUCAUGGGUCCUAAAAGGAUAAAGGAAGGCUAACAAAAGUUAGGGAGCCUUUCCCAUUCUACUUUGUAUUACUUUUUGUGAAUAUAUUUUUAAAAAAUUACUCCAUAA